CCAAUGAAGCAUCUAAUUGGAUUAUUACUAAAUUUGGCUGCCAUAACAGCUACCGUGCUGGGCAGUCGUCAUGAUAUGCUUUCGCUUAGUCCCUCCGAUCACGAGCUGGUGCGCUACACGAACGAUUCACUGUUGGUGCAAUGCCGCAGCACGACAACGGAGUCGCAGCUGGUGUGGCGCUCGCCAAAAGGCGAAAUAAUUAAGGAACACAAAGGACGCAUACACAUCGAGCAGAGUGCGCCAGAUCAACUCACAAUUGUUUUCACACACAUUUCGCUGGGCGACAAGGGCAAGUGGCGCUGCGAAGAUGCCAACGGAGAUAGAGCGGAGAAAUCUUUCGAGCUCAUUGUCUAUCAAAAAAUCGCUUUCACCGAGAACUUCACCAUACUCACAGUGAAGGAGGGAAAGGAUGCGUUCAUACGUUGCGARGUGAAGGGCGAACCGCAACCAAAUGUCACUUGGUAUUACAACGGACAGCCAAUUAUUGUUGAAUCAUUUACGGGCAACACAACGAAAUUCCAAAUACUGGCUGACGGAUUACAGGUCCGUAAGGUAACGCAGAACGACACUGGCGAGUAUACGUGCCGCGCCUACCAAGUGAACACAAUCGCAUCGGACAUGCAGGAGCGCACCAUUUUGAUGAAAAUCGAACAUAAACCAAUCUGGCGAUACAGCCAACACAUACCGGUGCAGUAUGUCUACCCGAACGGAAGUGUGACCAUAGCGUGCGAGGCAAUCGCUGAGCCGCCAGCCAAUUUCACCUGGUACAAGAAUGGCAACAAGAAACGUUUACACAACGACAAACACCACGUCAUCGAGAAGGAUUACUAUGCAUCCACGUUGACGAUUCAUGCGCGCAACGAUGACGUAUUCGACACGUACCGCUGCCUGGCCGAAAAUCAGUUGGGCGCCAUUGAACGCAACACCGUACUAAAGCGUGGCGUAAAGCCACCACCACCCAGUGUACUACAAUUGCGUGGCUUCAAUUCGAACACAUUCGAUGUGGAUGUUGGUUCGGUGCGAGUCUCACCGGCACGCACCGCUCCGUCAACAACGGAACAAUUGAUGGAGGUGAAUGGUUUUCGUAUUGAAUAUAUGACGGAGUAUGAAUUCAAGUCGGAUGCCGGCAAAUGGACGAAUGCUAAGCGUCGAGACUUCCCGUUCGAAGAUGGCGCAACCUUUCUCAUCAACAAUCUGGAAGCCAAUACCACCUAUUUGAUGCGUGCCGCCACCAAAAACUUAGCCGGACUCAGCGAUUAUACGAAAGUUGAGAAAUUCCACACACUCUCCAAUGAGCCGAAAUCCGCGUCAGCRCGUCUCGAGCACUUGACUGCCACACAGUUGUUGUGUAUAUCACUGGUGGCGUUGUUGUUGUGCAAGGAAUUAUCUUUCGGCUUUCAACCUGUGAGCAGUAUAACGAAGUUGCGCCGCGCUGCCGGUGUGCGUUGGUGAAGCAAAUGUGACGCCAUAAAUUAAAGAUC